CAGGGAAAGUGCAGCGAUUUGGGGUGUUUCUUAAAAUAGCAGCCGGGAAGAGGAAGAGAGAGAGGAGGGAGAGAGAGAGAGAAGAGAGAGAAGAGAGAGAGUGAGGAGAGAGAGAGAGAGAGGGAAAAAAUCCGCUCCCGAAGCCCCGGGACAGAGGCGCGGCGCGACCACCUCCGGCGCGGGACCGACGGCCGCUCCGCUCCACGCUCCGCUCCCCGCGGCCGCCCCCCUUCCCCCCCCGACGUGGCCGCGGCCGGACCCGGAGCUGCGCUUCAACUUUUGCUCGCCGCCUCCCAGAGCUCUUCUCCCCGCGGCAGCGCAUCCCCGGAGCGGGUGGGGAAGGCAGCCCCGCGCCGCCCGGCCCCACCAUGACUUCCAAAGAAGAAGCCAAGCCUUCCUCGGGGGAAGAACGACGGAGGAGCCCUUUGGAUCACCUCCCGCCUCCGGCUAACUCCAACAAACCCCUCACCCCUUUCAGCAUCGAGGACAUCCUCAACAAGCCGUCGGUGCGGAGGAGUUACGCGCUGUGCGGGACGGCCCACCUGCUGUCCGCCGCCGAGAAGCACCCCGCGGCCGGGCUGCCGCUUUCGGGCCGGGCGCUGCUCUCGCAGACGUCGCCGCUGUGCGCCCUGGAGGAGCUGGCCAGCAAAACCUUCAAGGGGCUGGAAGUCAGCGUGCUGCAGGCGGCCGAAGGAAGGGACGGGAUGACGAUCUUCGGGCAGCGGCAGACGCCGAAGAAGCGUCGGAAGUCUCGGACGGCCUUCACCAACCACCAGAUCUACGAGCUGGAGAAGCGUUUCCUCUACCAAAAAUACCUGUCGCCGGCGGACCGGGACCAGAUCGCCCAGCAGCUGGGGCUCACCAACGCCCAGGUCAUCACCUGGUUCCAGAACCGCCGCGCCAAGCUCAAACGCGACCUGGAGGAGAUGAAGGCCGACGUGGAGUCGGCCAAGAAGCUGGGCCCCAACCCCGCCGUGGACAUCGUGGCCUUGGCCGAGCUGGAGCCCAGCGCCGAGGGCCGGGGCAAAGCGCGGCCCGGUUCCCCGCCGCCCCCCCCCGCCGCCCGGGAUCCCGGCGCCCCGCCGCCGCCCCGCCCCGCCUCGCCCCCCACGGAGCGGCCCCGCAGCCGCCGGGACAGCGAGGAGGAGGAGGACGAGGAGGAGGAGGACGUGGAGAUCGACGUGGAUGACUGA